AUGCCCGUGUUCAACAAGCUCAAGGGCAUUCACAGCCCCCUCCCUGGGUCUUUUCGCAGUGAAUGCGACAAAGCAGCCCAGAUCCUCGAUGCCUUUACCAACCCCGCCAACCUUGACGGCCCGGAUAGCCUCAUUCCUCCCAAAGUCCUUGCCGCGGCCAAGGGCUUCGCGGUAUUCUCUGUUUCAAAAGUCGGCAUCGUUGGCUCCGUCCGGAUGGGAUCCGGUAUCCUGAUCGCGCGCCUCAAAGAAGGGGACUGGUCGGCUCCUUCUGCAAUUUUGACUGCCGGAGUGGGCGUAGGAGGACAGAUCGGCCUCGAGGUCACCAAUUUCGUCUUCGUCCUGAAUACCACCAGCGCCGUCCGCACUUUUGCCCAGCUCGGAAGUUUGUCUCUGGGGAAGAAUGUAUCCUUUGCCAUGGGCCCGACGGGUCGUUAUGGGGAAGUGGGUGGGGUGGUGAGCGCGGGGGGAGUUGCAGGGGUCUUUUCAUAUGGACAAAAUAAAGGCUUCUUUGGCGGGUUCAGCACCGAAGGGAGCAUGCUAUUUGAGCGUCGCGGCGCGAAUCAGAAGCUAUAUGGAAAAAAGAUCAAGGCGCGAGAUUUGCUCGAGGGCCAGUUUCCUCCUCCCGAGGAGGCAGAUAAUCUGAUGCGCGUACUGCGUUCGGAUCUCUUCGCUCCCCGACCGGACUUGUUCAAGACUUCUUCUUUCGGGUCGCCGAAGGUGUCUCUGUCUUCGGAUGGGGCAUCGGAGCUCCCAGUAGGGACCGAGGUGCAGAAACUGCCCAUUGAGAUGCCGGCAGACGAAGUGGUCAAGUUGCCUGCUGAAUUGCCUGCCGAGUUCAUUGCCGAGUUGCCAGCGGAGGUGGUCCCGGACAUCUACUUUGAUAAGUCAAUGGAGAAGCCUCUGCCGGAAUUGCCAGGAGAGACAAUUGCAUUGCGACCUGCCAAGAGUUGA